AUGUUUAAGAAAAUCCGAGGAUUCCGGGACAUAGUGCCUCCAAACAAUCGGCUCCAGAGAUCACGUGAUAUUUCCUCGUACUGGCCGGAUAUAGCAAACGACAAGCUUCAGCCCAUAGGUAAUGAUGACGUAUAUCAGGAAGAGGACUUCCGGGUGUUUAGAGGGAAUGGGAAUGUCUUUCUUCCUCCUACGUCUACAUCUGGACCUGUCAUGUACACCGAAAGUACUCAACCCCCCAGGACUAGACCUGCUAUAUACACUGAGAAUACUCAACCCCCCACAACAAGACAUGCUAUAUAUACAGAAAGUUCUCAACCCCCAACAAGCAGACAUGCUUUUUACACCGAAAGUACUCGAACCCCAACAACUCAGAAAGACAGGAUAAUAGCCACUACCCAACCUUUUGUUGUUACAAAAGAGGAGGAAUCAGUUACAAAAACCAUUGCAAAGGAAAUUGUUGGGGAACACAAAAUUGAGACUUUUUCAGGUUCUGAUAAAAGUCAGCAUAAACUUCCUAUACACUAUAAUGUUCUUAACCCGUUCACAGAAAGUGUGCCAGAUAGAAGCUCCUCGCAACCCAGUAUAGCUACGAAUCCAAGGAAAAGCAACGACUCUCAAGAUCUGGUUGUUUCCUUCGUAAAAUAUAACAAGACUUCGUUGUCUAAUUUCAGUUUCGAAGACAAGAAACUAUCAGAAAAUAUCAAAGAUAUCAACAUUCAAAGCUCGAUUGACGAAACUUUGAAAGGAAAGAGAAAGAAGUCCAAGGAACCUGUACAUAUCGUGAUUCACAAGUUUCCAUACAAUAUUUCAGAUGAUUUGUUCAAAAAAGGAAACAAACGAUCUAGAGGGAAGAAGCAUAUCAACCAUGGACAAUUGUAUAAGCAUUUACUUCAACUAACAAAACCAAUUCCACUUAAUCAACUCACAAUCAAAAGAGCAGGGGUACAAGUUUUAAAUAAAAACGAAAACGUAGUCAAUAGAUAUAAACAAAUUAAAAAAACAACACCAUUAGGGAGGGAAGAGGAAUCUAUUUCAACCAGUACAACACCAGAACACCAAAAAGUACAAGAAAUAAAUGUUUCUUCUAGAUUUAACUCAAACACAGAAACUGAAUCAACGACAAAUAGUGUUGUUGAUGUAAACAUCCGUAACACAAGUAAGUCGGACAGAAAACAAGCCAAUAACGCUCAAAAUAACAAAUAUAUAUCUAAAGUUAGCACCUCGAGGUCACAAGAGAAGUCAAACACUGGACACAGACCUACAACAAUUUCAGCCAAAACUAUCGACUCUACAGUGUUUUCAGAGGAAUUAAAAUCUAAAAAUAACCCAUCACUUUCAACCAUUAAGAAAAAAGGGCACACAACAGGACCAGUUUUCAAGCCAUCUUCUUCAACUAAAUCAAAGAGUACCCGCCGACUAGACACAGCCUUUCAACGAUUUGUGACUACAAAUAGUCCAAACAAUCAGGAAACUACAGUUCAAACAACAAUGCUCUUGACUACUCCUAAUCGGCAUAAAAUCAGUUCUACCCAAAUUAAUAACACAACAGCUAAACCAAAAACAUUAAGUGCUGAAGAAAUACUGACAACAAAUGAAGAAGUAACUGUAUCAAAUAGUGUUAAGAACGGUCCUGAAACAUUUUCUGCAGUUUUGUCGGCUGGAAAACAGGAUGAAGUAAAAAUGGCUCAUGUCGUUUCGACACUGGACGAUAAUGUAAGAAAAAAUGUCGACAAGACCAUAUUACCCUCGAACACGACUGUGAAAGUUAACGAAACACAAAAUAAUGCAAACAAUACUUUCUCGGGAGGAGAUAGUUUUGAUCUGGAUGUCAUGAGUGAUUACAUUGAAGAAUUCGUUCAUUUGAAAAAUGCAACAAAAAACAAAAACCACAGAUACGUCAACGUAAACAACGCAGAAGGUUUUGAAAAACAAAAUGUAGUAGGUAUUAAAAUUGAAGAGGAGAAACUGAAACUUCUCACUACAAAAAUAGAGAAUAAAAAGAGUUCGUUCGAUGAUUUUAAGAUGACUAGUUUGAGAGGUAAUGGAGGUAGCAUGUCACCAACAAAGACAGAUCCUGCCGAGAACAUCUUAAAACAUACACAGUCAGCUUCUCAGCAAUCGACAACACCGCCAGUAAAACUAACGACAGAGGUGUUGCUAUCUCAAGUAAAUGCAACCAAGAACGAAGAUUACCUUACAAAAGGAAUAACUCCAAAGCCCAUGAAUGAAGCUGUACCUAAGAAGAACACAAUUAAAACAUUUUCUGAUAAAGCACCUCCUGCUGUGACAAAUGCAACUAGUACCUCCUUCUGUGACAAAUACAACUGUGGGUAUCUUGAGGGAUGUUACAAGAGGAAGGAAACACGUAACAAUCAAAGUCAAAAGUGA